AUGGUGACCGGUCAGGCGGAGCAUGCGAAGCUUGCCGACGAGCCUCCGCAACGCUCAGGCUCGCUGCGGGUACCGUGGUUGCUUGCAGGUUCUGUCGUAUUGAUCCCGCAGGGUGACCGCGCAGGCGGAGUUGCUUCGAACGCAAAGAGCAUCGGUGGGGAAGAAAUAAGAAAAGCGUACCACAAGCGGAGAGCGAGGCCAUCAGCCACGAAAGAAAAUAUCACCAAACAGAGCGCCGCCCGCGCGCGCCAGAAAGACCACGCAUCCCGGAUCCAGAAGGGCUACUUUGGUAAACAGCGCCUCGAGUCUGCGCUGGCUAGGGGAGUCGGCGGCGGGGGUACGAUGCAGAACGCUAAAAACGGUGGCGGACUCGAGGAUAUUGGGCUGGCACAUGCUCGCAAGUCUCUUGCUUCCGCUGUGGAUUCAGAAGAUUCUGGGCUAGGGGGGCACUCAUACGUCGAGCCGCCGUCGACACCCGUCCGCCAUUUUUCAAGCCCCCGCCGCGGCGCGUCGAAGGUCCUUGCUGCUUUGGAUUUAUCCGAACGUACCUAUUGCCCUUUCUUCUUCGGUGCUUCUGAGGCUCACUCACUCGUGCUUGCUGCGAGGAAAGCGCAGUUGCUCGCGAUGCCGGAUUUUGCGGGGUUGCAUGCGUGGAGCGAUAGAUCGAGCCUCAAACACAAGACCUUCCCCCAACCACGAUCACCUGUUGAGAGUUCUCGUAAUAAGAAGAUAAAGCUUGUCCCAGAGCAACUGAAAACUGACGUCGCUGGUGUCAAUACUUCUACUAGUCCUAACUCUGACAGCUUACCUCGCACGCCUCUUAAGCCCUCGGGAGAUACGCUCCGUCCACUGUAUAGCCCCUCGUCGUCUGUUUCCCUUGGCCAACCACCUCGUUGUUCGUCGCCUAUGUUCCACGCCAUCAAAGUCGAUGUAUGCGCCUCCGACCACGCAGGAUCUGCCUUACGAGAAGAUUCCUCGGUGAACGUGAAUGCCUUCGCAGACUCCGGGUUCUCGGAGUUCGAUGUUGACGGUGACCAUCCUGUGACCCCGCUUUCUGUCCGCUCCGAGAAAUCUGGCUGCGCUUUUCGGUUCGAGACUCAAGCACACCCUGCUGACAACUUCCCUAGCCCUCGAGAUAACCGUAACGCCUUGUCCGAUGUUUCUUCUCCUGCUACUUUUCUCUCCUAUCGCUCGGGUGCACCAGUCCCUCCUGGUUUGGACACGUCCGCUCUCCGAUCAGAACCCGAAUCUUCUGUGGAGCCGCUGCUGAAACAGCUCUCGUACUCUGCUCGCUGUCCUGACCUGAACGCCUCUUCCCGCCCUGCUCCCGCUCACGAUAGCCCUCGUUCCUCCGUCUCCGAACCUAGCGGCGAUGCUCUGGCAGGCAGCGAUGCGUGGCGCGCCGUGGGGAAGCUGCUCGACUUCAGACCGCUGACGCCUUCGCCACACUCUGUGGAAGAGCUAUGGCUGGCGCGGGAUAGACGUGGGGUGGGCUUCCGUCCUCAGAGUGCGAGUCCAGAUAGUCCCGGUCCUCGUAGCCAGGUGGGGACGCAACUUUCUGAGGGGUGGGUUGGACAAGACGACGACGACGUGGAUAUGUUGUGCUAUGAUACCCCGCAGCCGACGCCUGGGUGGUCGGAGCGUGUCUCCUCCCACGCGACUGUGGAGGAGGAAGCUAUUGACAAUGAGGAUGUGCUGUCUCAGGAACCUUACAGUCGGGGCGACCAUUUCUUGAAGUUCUUGGGCGACGGGCUGGGUUCUGGGUGCGGGCAGGAUGCGAUACUGGCGUCUGUGAAUGCUUUGGGUGGUGGAGAUGUCCAGACGGAAGAACAUUAUGCGGAUGCGGCAAUGAAAUACACUCCAGUUCACGAAGGCCACACUGCGGAAGGGCUCUGUCUUGGGGCGGGCUCUUCGCCUCAGUCAACGCCAGGAUCGGGUGUACAGGGACAGGAAGCGCAGGACGUUCACCACGUUCUUGUUACGGUGGACCAAGCUGCGCAUGUUCGCCGCUCAUGCAGGAUUCAUGGACGCUCCUCGCGGGACAUUUCGCCCGAGGUGGAGGUGCCGAGUCUUCCCGCUCGAGAACAUCCGACUGGGACGCGGCACUCACAAGUCGCUGACGAUUCUGCGAAAAGGCCGUUAGCUGACCUCUCAUCAAGGAAUGUUUCGCGGCCCCAGAUGGAAGUGCCGAGCCUUCACGCGAAUGCUCGAGAACGGCUGACUGGGACGCAACACUCACACCUCAGUGACGAUAGUGUCAACUGGCCGUUAUAUGGCCUUACUCGGGAACCGGGAGUGGAGGAGAGGGUAGGUACCGGUGUGAUCGAGGGCCCGUGUCUGUUCGACGAGGACUGGGAUGACGAUGACGAGUGA